AUGACUGAAGCAAAGAGUACGAAUAGUUUCUAUAGUUGGUUGGAUGUGUCAAAUAAUCUUGAAGAUGAACGUCAUUGGUCUCGUAAAUACAUCGAAUUCAAUGAGAGACAACGUACAUUAACUUUCCAUCCUAAUGAAUGUAUUCGUUCGAUCAAUAAUCAAGGCAAACAGGUUCCGACACUUGAUUUGAAUUGUGAUAUGAGUUCAAUAUCGUCCUCAUCAUCGACAUCUUCAUUGUAUAAGACAAAUGAACGACGUUCAUCGUUUAAUAUUCUUCAGCAAUCCAAUAACAUUUUACCAACGUUAGCCGAACGAAUGUCUCCGUCAUUAUCCAAAACGAUUCUAUCACCGUUGGCAUUGACAGAUGAUAAAAUAAUUCCUGUUCAUCCAAUUUCAGUAACUGAUUUGUCGUCGAACAGUCCUUCUGUCAUAUGCACGUCAAGACAAUCGAGAAUAAAGUUCUCGAAUUUGUUCGGUCGAUCAUCUAAUCAUACCGAUCAUUCUCUACCAUCAUUAAAACGUGCUAAAAGUGCAACAAAAUUAGAACGACAAAAGAAUUCAGUAGUAACACGAAGUCAAUUGUUAUUUCCUAACAUUCCAUCAAUUCGUUCUCAAUCGCAUGAAUCUCUUUUUGUUUCGAAUGGACCAUUGGGCGCUGUUCUUCCGACUAAACCAAUCGAAUUUACGUUAAACAAUUGCCAUAUUCGUCGUCUUCAUCCAAGCAUACUUCCUUCAUCGGAUUUCAACAAUAAUAUUGGCGUUACAUGUCUUGAAAUUCGCAACAAAAACGAACAUAAACUUUGUUAUUUGCGUACAAGAGAAAAUUCUUCGUUAUUGAAACAUCUGCAACGUUCAGUUUUGAAGAAUGUAAUGAAUGAACCAAGAAUAGAUAAUUCGUUAGAUAUCUGGAUCUUGGAAGCCAAAGGUUUGCCCACAAAGAAAAAAUAUUGCAUAAAAAUCUUUCUCAAUGAUGAUAUCUACGGCAAAACGGCGAUUGUUGAACGACGCGAUGAACUUUUCUGGGGUGAAAACUUUAUUUUUAAAGAUUUGCGAGAAGGUUAUUUCGUACUUCGUUGUGAAAUCUAUAUCGAACGAUAUAAGCAAAAACAGUAUGACAUGGAAUGCAUCGGUUCAGUUGAUAUUUCAUUAUCAACUAUAACUGGAAAUCAAUUCACUGAACAGUGGUAUUCAAUACAAAUGAUGAAUACAAAAGAAAAAUUACAAGAUAGUUUUAUUAGUCUACGAAUCAAAGCAAAAUAUCAAUCGAUUUUUAUUUUACCGAUUGAAUUAUAUUCGCGUUUGGAACAAUACAUUCAUGUGAAUUAUCUACGAUUGAUCGAAUCUCUCGAGUCCAAUAUUUCUUUGAAAGAUAAAGAUGAAAUCGCUACGUCAUUGACUCGUAUUGCUCAUUCAUUAUCCUACGCCAUUUCGUAUCUUGUUGAUAUAAUUCAAACCGAAAUCGGUUCAACUUCUGAUAAUUCGUUGACAUUUCGUGGUAAUUCGAUUGCGACGAAAUCAAUGGAAUCAUUUAUGAAAUUAGUUGGGAAAACAUACUUACGAGAAGUUUUAAGUCGUUUCAUCACUGAUAUCAUUACCUUGAAGACUAUCAAUGAAAGCGAUUUUGAAGUUGAUCCCGAUCGAUUACUUAAUAUAAAUAAUUUAGAAAAAAAUCAAUCAAUAUUGAAAUCGCAUUGUGAAUAUAUUUGGUCAGAAAUUCAAAAAUCUCAUCUUAUCUUUCCCUAUGAAUUGAAAUGCAUUUUCUCCAAACUUCGACAAGCGUCAUCAUCAGAAGAAACAAUAUGGAAUUUUUUGAGUGGUUCUGUCUUUCUCCGAUUUAUUUGUCCGGCAAUUUUAUCACCUAAUCUAUUCGAUCUUACUCAAGAAUAUCCGAAUGAGAAAAUUUCGCGAAGGUUAACAUUAAUUGCAAAAACGUUACAAACUUUAGCAAAUUUUACAAAGUUCGGUUCUAAAGAGCCCUAUAUGAAAUUUAUGAAUGAUUUUAUUGCGAAAGAAUCAGACAACAUGCGCAAAUUUUUAUUGAACAUAGCCACCAUCGAUGCCAAUGAAACAACAAAUAUCAAUGAAGAUAUUGAUUUAGGACGAGAAUAUGCUAUUCUUCAUAUGACACUUGUAAAUCUAUUUGAAGAACUGAAUGAAGAUAUUCGUCAAUCAUUGAAUGAAUUGGAAUCUAUACUGAAAGAACUCUCGGCAAAAAAGAUCGAGAAUCCUCGCCAAACAUGUGCAAAAGCGAUUCGACGUUCUCCGAUGAUAAAUCUCUACCAAGAAGAAAAAUAUCUUCAAAAAGAACGGUAA